CGCUGAUCCGGCGACACUCCUACAUGCUGCCCUCGCGAACCUCCUCGCCAACUCUUCUUUGUUCUUGCGCCUCCUGCCUGUCCUGGAAGGUCUCACAACCGAUCCAUCAUGCGGCGCCAUGGCAGAGCUAGCGGUGGCUCGACCAAAGCCGUCACGCCCAUCUCCGACACUGCGUCCUUGUUACACUCGUUUGAUUCCAUCACCAACCCCAAUCGUCCCGUACGCCCAUCGCCCUUAACCUCGUCCAACAUCCGAGCUCUCCCGCUGGACCUCGUCGACCGGUUACGCUCCUUCCCGCUCUUCCAGGCCACCCCGGAAUCUUUCCUCAUCGACGUCGGCCAGCACCUGCGCCCCCAGCUUCAUGCCGCCAACGACUAUAUCCUGACCGAAGGGGACGAGGCCAAGGCUAUCUACUGGCUGGUCCGCGGUGCCGUGUCGGUGACGUCUCGCGAUGGCGAGAGUAUAUACGCGGAGCUCGAGCCGGGGGCCUUCUUUGGCGAGAUCGGCGUGCUCAUGGAUCGCCCGCGGACCGCAACCAUCGUCGCCCGCACUCGGUGCUUGCUUGUCGUCCUGACCAAGGAGGAUUUCCGGAAGAUCCUCCCCCGUUUCCCGGACGUCGAGCGGGCCAUCCGAGACGAGGCACAGGAGCGGUUGAUGAUCUUGGAGAAGAAGAAAAAGGAGACAUCUGUACCGUCAGUUGAUCUCGUGAGUCCGGCUCGAAGAGGUUCAAAGAGAUUGCGGGAUGCCUUCUCCGGCGACCUGAACCUCAGCGAUCAGGACGGCCGAAGCUUGAAGUCCGUCAAUAAGAAGCGCAAAUCCCCAAGUCCUGGAUUGGCUGAUGGAUCCUCCAGUGCUCUGGCCAACGGACUGGUCAAUGUCCGUCUAUUACUCAAGGAGCUGCCGCUAUUUGCCGGCCUGCCGCCAGAUAUCCUCCAUUUCCUGGGCUUGAAUGCGCAACCGCGGUCCUACCCCCCCUUCACCGACAUCAUCAAGCAAGAUUCUCAGGGUCGGGAAAUCUACUUUCUUGUUCGCGGGGAAGUCGAAGUCUUGUCGGAAAGGCCACAAACCCACCAGUCCCACUCCCUCCCGAACACGAUCGAGCAUCCCGGCUUCGAGGUGAAGGCACGACUGAAGCAGGGGCAAUACUUCGGCGAGGUCGUGAGUCUCUCGCUGGCACCACGCAGAACGGCCACUGUGCGCUCCAUCAGCGCGGUGGAAUGUCUGAUGAUCAGUGGUGAGGUGCUGGUGGAAUUCUGGGAGAGGUGUCCUCCGAAAGUUCGUGAGCAGGUGGAACGAACUGCCAAGGAGCGGCUUCAAGCAGCGUCCGAUGGCGAUGUUGUGAUGUCAGAAGCCGGAAACGAUGAGCCACCUCUUGAGAAGUCCGGGGCGGAUGAGACCUUCAAACUCAGGGCUUCUCGAAGACGAUCCAUGCCGCUUCUGACCCUAACAGAAACCGAACUGGACAGUACACACAAACCCCAUGGGGUGGACGAACAGAGCGUGUUGCGGCCUUCCGAUCCGGAUCCCUUCCUCAAUGUUGGCUUGGACAAAGUUCGGCUUCGAAGCCGACGCAGUUCUGUUGCUCCUUUGACGCCGGAGGAGGUCUCCGGAGAGCAACAGCGGUCAUCACCUCCAUCCGAACCGCGGUCUACUAGCUCGUCUUUUCUCACGCUGCCGGGGACUACCAAGUCCCCGGUGUCUCCGGAAAUAGUCCGUGAGCCGCGUCGUGAUAACCACGGCUGCCUUCCUGACAAGGUACUUUUGCGUGUCUUCCAGUACCUCGAGCUCCAUGACCUUCUUCGCCUUCGAGCGGUCUGCAUGCACUGGUCGGAAGUCCUCAGCAAAUCGACGGAGUUGCUGCAUUUCCUGAACCUGAGUGCAUAUAACCGGUGCAUCACCGAUGAUGUGCUGGUCAAGAUCAUCUGCCCUUUUGCCGGCAACAGACCGCGCUACAUCGACAUCAGUAAUUGCUUUCACAUCACGGACGAGGGGUUCAGCAAGUUGGUCGCAAUGUGUGGCUCUAACGUCACGGCUUGGAAAAUGAAGAGUGUCUGGGAUGUCUCUGCAUCUGCCAUCCUCGACAUGGCCAGCAAAGCGACCGGAUUACGGGAGGUUGAUCUAAGUAACUGCCGCAAAGUUGGAGACACACUGUUAGCUCGAAUCAUAGGCUGGGUCGUGCCUGGCCAGUCUGACUCGGGGAAGACGGUGAAGGGGAUCAAGCCGACCAAGCUGACCGCAGCCGGGACUGUCUUCGGCUGCCCCGAGCUGAGAAAACUGACCUUGUCCUAUUGCAAGCACGUCACCGACCGGUCGAUGCACCAUAUUGCGUCCCACGCUGCGUCUCGAAUUGAACAGAUGGACUUGACCCGCUGUACCACGAUCACCGAUCAAGGAUUCCAGUUCUGGGGUAAUGCACAGUUCACUAACCUUCGGAAACUCUGCUUGGCUGACUGCACAUACUUGACGGAUAACGCUAUUGUCUAUCUUACCAAUGCUGCGAAACAGCUGCAGGAAUUGGAUCUGGUAAGGAGCCCCACUGGAAUCCCAUGAUGACGGGCUCACUAACAAUGGACAGUCAUUUUGCUGCGCUCUCUCCGACACCGCCACGGAGGUGCUGGCUUUGCAGUGUUCGCAACUGACCUACCUCAACAUGUCCUUCUGUGGCUCCGCCAUUUCCGACCCGUCCCUGCGCAGCAUUGGCC